AUGGGCUGUCAAAUAAGGUUUCUGGGUCUGUGUCUAUGGAUAUACUUGGCAAGCCUAAGCUUCGUUGGGUGCUGUGUCUAUGGGUCUGCAGUUGAUAAAGGGAAUGUUUUAGUUCAUGGGAAAACUUUUAUUGGAAGGAUUGAUGAUGAUUUUGUCUGUGCAACUCUGGAUUGGUGGCCUCCUCAGAAAUGUGACUACGGAAAAUGUAGUUGGGGCCAUGCUUCUCUGCUUAAUCUGGACCUCAACAACAAAGUUCUGUUAAAUGCAGUAAAAGCCUUUUCACCCUUGAAAAUUAGAUUAGGUGGCACUUUGCAAGACAAGGUCAUAUAUGGAACUGAAGAUAAUCGAAAACCCUGUACUCCUUUUGUCUGGAAUGCCAAUGAAAUGUUUGGUUUCACUCAAGGGUGCUUACCGAUGUAUAGGUGGGAUGAGCUAAACAGCUUUUUCCAGAAAACAGGGGCUAAGGUUAUCUUUGGAUUAAAUGCUCUUGCUGGAAAAUCUAUAAAGUCUGGUUUUGCUGUUGGACCUUGGGACUACACCAAUGCUGAAUCUUUGAUACGAUACACUGUCAGAAAGAAGUACACCAUUCAUGGUUGGGAACUUGGCAAUGAAUUGUGUGGAAAUGGAAUUGGAGCAAGUGUUUCAGCAGGUCAAUAUGCUUCUGAUGUAGCUGCCUUAAGAAAUAUAGUUCAAAAUGCAUAUAGUGGAAUUGAACCAAAGCCACUAGUCAUUGCACCUGGAGGCUUCUUUGACGCAGGUUGGUUCAAGGAGUUUAUAAGCAAAUCUGGUAAAUCUGUAGAUGUAGUCACCCACCACAUUUAUAACCUUGGGCCAGGAGUUGAUGACCACCUAACUGACAAAAUUCUUGACCCUUCGUAUCUGAAUGAAGUGUCUAACACAUUCAGCAGCCUCAAACGUAUACUUCAAAGUUCAGCAACCAAUAUUAAAGCAUGGAUUGGUGAGGCAGGAGGGGCUUAUAAUAGUGGCCAUCAUCUUGUGUCUAAUGCAUUUGUCUACAGCUUCUGGUAUUUGGACCAGCUUGGCAUGUCAGCAGUUUAUGACACCAGAACAUACUGCAGACAAAGUUUGAUAGGAGGAAACUAUGGUUUACUGAACACUAGUACUUUCAUGCCAAAUCCAGACUAUUAUAGCGCACUUCUAUGGCACCGACUCAUGGGAGGGCGUGUCCUCUCAACCACCUUCUUUGGGACGAAGAAGAUAAGAACUUAUGCCCACUGUGCAAAGGAAUCCAAAGGGGUCACAAUACUAUUGCUCAACUUCGACAACAGCACCACUGUUGAAGCCAACGUGGUCUUAAAAUUCAACAAGUUACCUCACCGUGGAGUGGAUGAACCAGCCAGAAGAGAGUACCAUUUAACAGCACCAGACAGGAAUUUACAUAGCCAAAUCAUGUUGCUAAAUGGAAAAAUUUUAAGUGUAAACUCAGCGGGUGAAAUUCCUCCUUUGAAUCCUAUUUAUGUAGACUCAACAAAGCCAAUAAUAGUUGGUCCUCUAUCUAUUGUAUUUGCUCAUAUACCAAAUGUUCUUCUUUCAGCAUGCAGCUAG